AUGUAUAAUAAUAGCAGUAAUCACCAUGAAGGAGCACCUACUUCGGGGCAAGGCUAUUAUAUGUCUCAACAGCAAGAUCAACAGCACCAACAACAACAAUACGCCAACGAAAUGAAUCCGUACCAGCAAAUUCCUAGACCGCCUGCUGCAGGAUUCAGUAGCAACUACAUGAAAGAGCAAGGCUCUCAUCAAUCAUUACAGGAUCAUUUACAACGUGAAACUGGUAAUAUUGGCAGCGGUUUUACAGACAUUCCAGCCCUAAAUUACCCUGCGACCCCACCGUCACAUAAUAACUACACAGCUCCAAAUCAGAUGAUCAACACACCACCACCAUCAAUGGGCGGCCUUUAUAGGCAUAAUAAUAACUCCCAGAGCAUGGUUCAAAAUGGUAAUGGGAGUGGAAAUACUCAACUACCCCAAUUAUCACCGGGCCAAUAUUCUAUAGAAUCAGAGUACAAUCAAAAUCUAAAUGGCAGUUCUUCCAGUAGUCCGUUCCACCAACCGCAGACCGUACGGAGCAAUGGAUCAUAUUCAAGCGGGUUAAGAAGCGUGAAAAGCUUCCAAAGGUUACAACAAGAACAGGAAAAUGUUCAAUUUCAGCAACAAUUUCCUCAGGCACAACAGCAGAAUUCCCGGCAACAACAGCAACAACAGCAACAACUUCAAUUUCAGCAGCAGCAGCAGCAGCAGCAGCAACAACAACACAUGCAAAUACAAAAACAACAGCAGCAACAACAGCAAUCGCAAUCGCCAGUUCAAAGUGGCUUCAAUAACGGUACCAUAUCGAAUUAUAUGUACUUUGAAAGACGACCAGAUCUGUUGACCAAAGGGACACAAGAUAAAGCAGCAGCUGUAAAGUUAAAAAUUGAAAACUUUUACCAAUCGUCUGUUAAGUACGCCAUUGAAAGAAAUGAAAGAAGGGUGGAGUUAGAAACAGAACUAACUUCUCAUAAUUGGUCAGAAGAAAGAAAAUCUAGGCAAUUGAGCUCUCUGGGUAAGAAAGAAUCACAAUUUUUGAGAUUACGUAGAACAAGAUUGUCGUUAGAGGAUUUCCAUACCGUGAAAGUUAUCGGCAAAGGGGCAUUUGGUGAAGUGAGACUAGUUCAAAAGAAAGACACCGGGAAAAUAUAUGCAAUGAAAACUUUAUUAAAAUCCGAGAUGUACAAAAAGGACCAAUUGGCACACGUUAAGGCUGAAAGGGAUGUUCUGGCUGGAAGUGAUUCCCCAUGGGUGGUUUCACUAUAUUACUCUUUCCAAGAUGCUCAAUAUUUAUAUCUAAUCAUGGAAUUUUUACCUGGUGGGGAUUUAAUGACUAUGUUGAUUAGAUGGCAAUUAUUCACAGAGGAUGUGACUAGAUUUUACAUGGCAGAGUGUAUUUUAGCCAUCGAGACUAUUCAUAAAUUAGGAUUCAUUCACAGAGAUAUCAAACCGGAUAACAUUUUGAUCGAUAUUAGAGGUCAUAUAAAAUUAUCUGACUUCGGGUUAUCUACGGGGUUUCACAAGACUCACGACUCGAACUACUAUAAAAAACUUUUACAACAGGAUGAGGCUACCAAUGGUAUUCCCAAGCCAGGUACUUACAACGCAAACACAACCGAUACUGCAAAUAAAAGGCAAACGAUGGUAGUGGAUUCUAUUAGUCUAACAAUGUCAAACAGGCAACAAAUACAGACAUGGAGAAAAUCACGUCGUUUAAUGGCAUAUUCUACCGUGGGUACACCGGAUUAUAUUGCUCCUGAAAUAUUUUUAUACCAAGGUUACGGCCAAGAAUGUGAUUGGUGGUCACUCGGUGCGAUUAUGUAUGAAUGUCUGAUUGGUUGGCCUCCAUUCUGUUCUGAAACUCCACAGGAAACGUACAGAAAAAUCAUGAAUUUUGAACAAACUCUACAAUUUCCUGACGAUAUCCAUAUUUCAUACGAGGCUGAAGAUCUAAUCCGUCGAUUACUAACACAUGCAGAUCAAAGACUCGGUAGACAUGGUGGUGCAGAUGAGAUAAAAAAUCAUCCAUUUUUUCGCGGUGUUGAUUGGAACACAAUCAGACAAGUAGAAGCGCCAUAUAUACCAAAGCUGAGCUCCAUCACCGAUACUAGGUUCUUCCCAACCGACGAGUUAGAGAAUGUACCGGAUUCCCCAGCUAUGGCGCAAGCUGCCAAACAAAGAGAACAAAUGACAAAACAAGGUGGAAGUGCGCCAAUCAAGGAAGAUUUACCAUUUAUUGGCUACACUUACUCCAGGUUUGACUAUUUGACAAGAAAGAAUGCGUUGUAA